AUGAUGGAUUCCAAGAUCCGCGAGACGUUGGAGGAGAUGGCCGCGGAGUGCUCCGACGGCGGCGACGGCCGCCCGGGCGCCUGUCCCCUGGGGCAGACGGUGGACGAUCGCUCCGAGAAGGACGGCGCUGGGACGGAGGCCAUCGUGGCGGGCCAGGCCUGUGGUUCGCUGAUGGCGGUCACCGCCACGGAGAAGUCCAGCACGGUCUUUGUCUAUGACAUCUCCCACAUCGACUCUCCCAGCCUUCUCUUCGUCAAGCACCUCUCCCCCGCCUCUGAAACGAAGAACCCGGGCGUCGCCUAUGCCGACCGGUCCUUGGGAGAGAUCGACCCGGAGGCGAUGAUUUUUCUGGAUGAUGCUCAUUCUCCUUCGGGAAAGGCGGGCGUGAUGUUCGGAGGAGCUUGGUCUGGAACCAUGUCCUUCUGGGAGUUCGAAUGUCCAUCUACCAGCGAGAGCAGUGGCGCGUCUGGAGCAUCUUUGGUGGCCUUCUUGGCCCUCGUUGCUAUCAAUUUUGCCCGACCAUAA